AUGCCGUCCCACAAGUCAUUCCGCACCAAGCAGAAGCUUGCGCGUGCGCAGAAGCAGAACCGCCCCAUCCCCCAGUGGAUUCGCCUCAGGACCAACAACACCAUCAGGUACAACGCCAAGCGACGACACUGGCGCAAGACCCGUCUCGGUAUCUAA